UUUUUCAAAAAACUUUCGCGAGAAAAAAAGAGUACUCAAUAAUUAAGAAAAAAAUGUAUUAAAAUGUUACUUUUUCUUGAGAAAAUAUCACAGUUACAUUCAUAAGAACAGUUUAAGCUAAAAUUCUAUUUAAUUAAGCUUAAAAAACGACCGUGAAAGCAUAAAAAUAAUGUUGAAGUUUUCUUGAAAAUCGCCAUUGAUCCAAAAAGUUAAUAAGAAGAAAACACAUACAGUUAUAAAAAAACAUACACAUUUUUGAGUUCUCGCAAAAUUUAGAAAAUUUUUAAAUAAAUUAAAUGAAGGGAAGUGCAUAAAGGAAUAGCUAGUAAAAAUUUUGAUAAAUACCAUAAAGGUUAUUCAAAUCUAUGUGUAAUUAGUGAAAAUGUAAAUUAUAAUAUAUGUGAAUGUGAAAAAAAAAUUGAAAAAAAGCCUUUACAUAAAUCGGAUUUACUUGAAGUGUGAGAGAGCAAAAAAAGUAAAUUUAAUUGAACAUAAACAUAAUUCAAGAAAGCCGAAAGUAAAGGUAUUGAAAGUAUGUUUCUUGAAUCAGCUAAAAUAUAUAAGGUCAUAAAAUAUAUCAUAAUACAUAAAAACUUUAAGUAUUAGUGUUGAAAAAAGUAUAUAAUAAUAAUACGGAGAUAACUAAACUACAAAAGCAAGGAAAAUAAAUGUGAGAGCAUUGCAUAUGUAUUGGAUGAAUGUAUGUUUGAACAGCAGUUGAGUUUUUCUCGUCGAAAUUCUUUAAUGUGGAAAUUAGUUUUCUUUAAUAAAUACUUUUAUUUAUUCGAAUAAUUGUGAAAAUAUAUUUUAAACUCGUCAAUAAACAUAAAUACCAGUUUAACUUAAUUAAAAUAUGAACGCAUAAUUCUUUGUGAUUUUGAGUUUUAUAUGCUAAGAUUCGAAUAAUUGAAGUGAAGUGAAUAAACAAGAAGAUACUUUUCUCAUUUAUGUGAAAGUUGUAAAAAUGAUAUUACAACAGCCAUGACGCAUCAGAACCAAACUAACGGCGCAAGUUUGGAAGAUUGCCACACAAACUUUUUUGCUUUGGCUGAUUUGUGCGGAAUAAAAUGGAAGAAACUAGUAUUAAAUGAACGUCCUCAAGCAACUGGAGACCCAUUAGACGAUCCAGUGCUAAAAUCUUAUACAAAAUGUUUGGCCAAAGAUAUCUUGUGUGUAUGGCGUAGAGUAACGCAACAUAAAAAUGACUUGGAUCAAACAGGUGGCCUUGGCAUGUUUGACAUUAGUCAAAACACAUCAGUAAUUCAUCCACCAUUGUCACUGACUGCUGCCAAAGAGCUAUGGAUAUUCUGGUAUGGCGAAGAGCCUGACUUGACAGAUUUAGUGUCGCCAGAACUACUUAAAUCUCCAGAUUCUGGAGAACAAGGAUCAUGGGAAGGCGGAUUAUCUUAUGAAUGCAGAUCAUUAUUAUUUAAGGCACUACAUAAUUUAAUUGAACGAUGUUUACUUUCGAGGGAUAUAAUUCGUUUGGGAAAGUGGUUUGUUCAACCAUCGAAAAGCAACGAAGAGAAGAGCUCGAUGCAUCUAUCGUUUUCUUUUGCUUUCUUCGUCCAUGGAGACAGUACAGUGUGUGCUUCAAUGGACAUAAGGGAACAUCCACCAGUACGACAUUUAACAGAGGAUUACCUAAAUGAUAUUGUUAAGAAUUCCCAACAAAACUUGGAAAAUUGUGAACUUGAAGAUGACGAGGAGAAAGAAGAGUUUAAUGUUUUUAGUAUGAACACACAACCAGUAAUAUUAGCUCCUUUUGGAUUAUCAGCAGUAUUAACAGGCAGUAAGAAUGAAAAUUCUGAACAGUAUACUGAGAAAAUUGUCGAGGACUGGAAUGCAUUUUAUCCAAUGAAGAAACACGAAAACGAGCGAUCAACGUCAUCUAAAUUACCAAAACUCGUCGAAGUCAUUUCAGGUGGUGUUAAAAUGCUUUAUCCAUCAAAAUAUGUAUUAAUUACCGAUCUUGAUAUCAAUAAGCAAAACAACAAUGGCUUAGCUUGUGAUAACAAAUUAAACUUAGAGAAAGAAAAGAAGUUGUGUAAAUGUGAAAAUCACUUAGACAAUAGUUCAAAAUCAAGCAGUAUAUUGUACUGUGAUGGUAUCCAAAAAUCAGCAGCAGGAAUUAUGCCUGAACGAAUCUGGCAAGACAUUAUUAUGAAUCCUGCAUAUACAAAUGAAAAAAGUGAGCAUAUAAAAAUUGAAAAUAACCGAGAAAAUUCGAUCAAUAUUGCUAAUUCUAAAAAUGUAGAAAAUUCUACAACAAAUGUGAAAACGACAGACUCUUCUUCCGGAGAAGUCCUUUGGAAUUUCGUGGAGCCGUGUCUGAAAAAUUCCUGUAAUUGUAAACGAAAUGGAAGUAUUUCAUCAUUUAAAUCUACAGGAAAUUCUUCCUCUCUAAUAAGUGGCAAAUCAAAUUUUCGAAAUAACAGUAACCGUACUCGAACGCCCUUUCAUAAACGAUCUGAAUCCUCGUUAUCUUCAUAUAAGUCUAAGGACAGAUCCUCAAAUGAACCAUCAUUAGCAACAAAAAAAGUCAAUAUUAGAUCUUCAGACAAAAACAGUUCGACCCACAGCAAUGAAGUACAACAAAUGUCAAUUGGAUCAGUCGGCAGUCAAUCUCCUAUGCAACAUAGCCUUUCGGUGCAUUCUCAACCAUCAUCUAUACCUUUAAAUGAUCAAAACUUAAUCUCGCCUAAUCAACAACCCGAUACAUCACCCCAAACGCCAAGUCAUGAGAAUAGCGAUCAAAAACCUGAAAUUCAGAAUUUGAAGACAUUGGAGGAACAAAGUAAAUUAGAAAGUUCUCAGCAAAAUCGCGAGAGUUGUGAUUCUGCCAAAGUAUCACAGAAUUUUUCAUCGAAGCAAUUUGAGAAGGAGAACCAGUCACUUAAACGUCCUGCAUUAAUGAUUCAAGAUUGUGAAAAUAAUACAGAAGAAGAUUAUUCCUCUAAUCAACUACUUUACGAUUACUCAACCUGGGAUGCAUGGAUGAAUCAUCCAAUAAAACGUUUCAAGUCUGACAAUGUUGAUCAACAUAAAUUGAAAAACAAGAAUUUAGAUUUUAAUUUGUAUGCAGGACAUGAUGAAUUGACUCUUUCGAAUUCAACACAAAACAAGCCAAAUUAUUUAGCACAAGAUAUAAAAAGUGAAGUGGAGAGUCUAUGGAAAAAUUGUGAAGAACAAAAGACUAGCAAUAGUGCAAACAAUGCAAGUUGUAUGAAAGAAAAUAAGAGUGAAAUAGAUAAUGACAAAAUAUCAACAGACAGCUUAUUCACCAGUGAAGGUUUACAACCCUCAUACGCAGAUCUUAACAAGAUCUUUGAUAACUCUGACGAUAAUUCUAAUGAUGAUCAUCUCGUUGAUAAUACACCACCACAUUCAAAUAAGUCAAUGGGAUGCCAUCCAGAUAUGGAGCUCUCGGAGAAUGAAGCUAAGCGAGACAAGAUGACUUUUGGCAGUUUCACUAACAUUAAUAGUAAUGGACAAACCAAUAUAAUAAGUAGUUUAAAUAGUAAUAACUUAGGCACCUUAGGAAUAAUUAGAAGUGAGGAGUUAUCGAAAAUGUUUCCAACCCCACCAAGUAUAGAGCAGCAUACAAACUCAAGUCCUGGACCAAGCAACGUUUGCGGAAGCGUUACAGAUAAUUUAAUAGAAAAUUUAGACACAAUAGUUUUACACAAGAUGGAUUCUUAUCCGAAUUUUGGUAGUCCACAGGAGGAACCGAUUGAUGAUUGGUCGUACGUAUUUAUAGCGCCAAAAACAACAAAAAUUGUUGGAUCAUCAAAAUAUGCACCUUUAAAUAAUUUAUUAAGUCAGACAUUGCCGCCGAUUACCCUUCCAAAUGAAUGCAACUACAAACCUUCGUGGAUCAAGCAAAGAGAACAAGAGGAGAUACGACGCAAGCAAAAGGAUUCAAAACCAGAAUUAGUUAAUAAUAAUAAUAACAUUAUCAAGAGAGAGCAACAAAGCAAAGUUUUACUUGUGGAUAUUAAAAAAGAGAUCAAAACAGAGGUGUUAAGUCCAUUGGGUAGUUCUAUACCAUCAAAUAGUGCAAAACCGCUAAAAAGUGAAAAUACAAUUAUUAAUAAACUUUUAUCGCAAGGUCCUACAACACCCUCAAACAUGUAUCUUAAUAAUAGAACAAUUCAUCCUUCUAUGGGUUCGCCGAACUUUACAUCGUCAGCUCCGUAUAAUAAUAACACCAGUAAUAUGAUGGCAUCUGAUUCAUCAUUUAGAAAAUCAAAUAUACCGAGUGUUAUAGGACAACAACAUUCGCAACCCCCUCCACCAUAUGAUCUUGCGAUUCACAGUCCAUCUCUCAAUUCUAACGUAAGUUCUGUGAAUGGCAAUGACGAUAUUAGCAACAAUAACAACAAGAGAAUCUCAAGCAUGAAGUGUGGUGGCACAUAUAUGAAACAAAAUAAUGCAAUGAACUCAACAAAUAGCAAAGUUUCUGAAGCAAAUUCACUAUUAGUCAACAUACUUUUAUAUGAUACAUCUCUCAAUAUUUUCCGAGAUCACAACUUUGAUAGUUGUACAAUUUGUGUAUGUAAUGCAACUCCAAAAUGUGUUGGAAACAUCCGCGGCUCAGAUUCAGGCGUUUAUUUAUCACUGGCCUCAAAUUGUCAUUUCAAUUUCAAUAGCAAUUUAACAAAUCUUGUUGAAAAGACAUUUGAAGUGAAAUGCAGUGCACAAUCAAAUGAGCAACAGAGCGAAUCAAGAUAUUUUGGUAAUAGUAGGAAUUUUACAAAUGUAUUUUCCGACGAAUCACCUUCGUCGCUAGUUUAUUAUUCGUCGUCAAGAUCAACGAAUGUGUCAGCACUGUCAUCUCAAAGCAGCAGCAGCAGCAGCAACCACAAAAACAAUAUCAACACUAGUAUAUCCACAGAUUUAAUUCCAUCGUUUAUGAGUAAUGCGCAACAGAAUUUAAGUGGAUAUGCUGACGAUGAUCCGAUAUUUUGUCGGUGUGGUUUUAGUGCAGUAAUUAAUCGAAGACUUGCUUAUAAAACAGGCUUAUUUUAUGAAGACGAAAUGGAAAUUACCGGCAUGGCAAGAGAUCCUUCAAUCAACAAAAAGCAUUCAAUACUUAAGUAUCUUCUCAAGUUACACAAUGAAACCAAAUUUGCUCCAAACGGCACCAAUGAAAAUGAUUCCAAGCAAAAGUCAAAUGAAACUGACAAGGACGUUCAUGAAUUAGCCAUGUCAUUGUUCGACAUUGUAAGGGACCAGUGCACAUUAUUUCAAAAUACAUCAAAUACAAUUCAACGUGCAAUAAAGCAUCUAAAUCAGGAUAAAUAUUCACCAAUCUUGCCUAAUUCGCAAGUCAAUGUGUUAGAAUUUAUAGAUGCUCUAGAUAUUGUUAGUUUGGCAUUAGAACAAAGUAAAUAUAUUUUUGAGAAAUUUGAUGGAUAUAAUAAUCGUCAAGUUUAUGUGCCCCAACAACAUCACAAACAAUUGGAAAAGAAAACAACUCCUAUACAACAUAUAAUUAGUGUUCAUAAAUGGCCAUAUUUAAAUGCUGGAGGUCCUAAAAGUAACCAAGAUAUAAUUCGUGUUAUGAAAUCUAUGAAAGUAUUACUUCAGAAAGCUUUCAAUCAAAAUGGUACGACAGGUUUAUGGGAUGCACCAUAUGCCGUUCGAGGUCCAUUAACGUGGAGAGAAUUUCAUCGAUUAGCUGGACGAGGAAUUGGACAAUGUGAGCCUCAACCAAUUCCAUCGAUUGUUGUUGGACAUGAUAAAGAAUGGCUUUGUGUGUCACCAUAUGCAUUACAAUUUUGGGAUAAGUUACUUUUAGAGCCAUAUUCUUAUCCUCGUGAUAUUGCAUAUAUUGUGAUAUCUCCAGAUAAUGAUUUUAUUGUAUCGAAAGUAAAGGCAUUCUUUAAAGAACUAAGUACAACUUAUGAAAUGUGUCGUCUAGGAAAACAUCAGCCAGUAAAAGGAUGGGAGGGAAUAUUAAAAGUAGGAAAAUCAACAUAUGAAACUAAGCACGAUGAAAGUCAAAAUGAGAAUAUUGAGAGUGAAGAUGAUUGGUUAUUUUCAAUUGACAGCAAUAAGAAGUUAAAUGGAAUAAUGAAGAUGUAUGAUGCAGCUUUUCAACAACAUUUGGUGCCUUAUCUAUCGAAAAUUCCUCAUGACAAGACCUUACUCAAUCCACCCGAAAGCUUCUAUAAUUACAAAGAUCAUCACCAUAAUAAUAAUAGUCAUCAUCAAAGGACUUCUUCACUUCCAAGUCCAAUGCUACCACCACCACAUACGCCAGAAUCUAAUAAUAUGUCAUCUGGCAGCUUAAAUUCAAGUAUUACGUGCGAUAAAGGUCCAAACACACCCAAGUCAGACAAUGAUUCGGAAUCUAAGGAAAAUCUCAAUUCAUCAUCAUCAAAUAAUGAUCUCAACAAUCAAUCAGAUCAAUUAAACCCACCACAUAUUGUUUUAUACAUCAUAGAGCCAGCUACAAAUGGAACAGAUUCAACAAAUCUUGAAAGAGUAGUGAGCCUUUCAAUUUUAAAGCACUAUUUGAACGUUCUCAAUUCAAUUCCGGAAUCAAUAAAAGCCAAUAUAAGUUUUCAAAUUAUAGCCCAAGAAAGUAUAUUAGAAUUAGGAAAGAACCGAGAUGUUAACCGAUGGAGUGAUCAUAUGCGUAAUUUAGCACUGAGUGUAUUCACCCAAUCAUAUCGAUAUCUAUCACAUACAAAUAAUGUCAAGAGUCUUACGGGAUUCGGAACAGCAGCCGUAGCAGAAGCUUUUUUGAAGACUAAAGAUGAAAAGAAUCGUACUCCUUUAAAACUAUAUACACCGCCCUAUAUACUGUCAACAAGGCACGCUAAAAGCGAAAAUGUUGAAAACUUUGGACAAUCUAUCAUUGAGCAACAAUGUACGAGCAUUAUGUACUGUUGUUAUUGCUUAUCAGAGGAUCAAAGCUUAUUACUUGCCGUCAUCACCGACGAGCGUGGUGAAUUUUUAGAAAAUUGUGCUAUUAAUAUUGAUAUUCCAAAUCGAAAAAGAAGAAGAAAGACAUCUGCGCGAAGGGUCGGAUUGAAAAAGCUAAUGGACUUUAUAUUAGGAAUAAUGUCUCAAUCUGUCAAAUCUUGGAGGCUUAUAAUAGGGCGCAUAGGAAGAAUUGGUCAUGGCGAGUUGAAAGGAUGGUCGUGGCUCCUUAGUAAACCAAAUUUAGUCAAAGCAUCAAAGUACUUAAAAGAUAUCUGUAAACAAUGUUCGGUAUUGUAUCCGCAAGCAGUUCCAAGUAUUUGGAGUGCUUGUCUCGUUACGCUCGAGCCUGACUCUAAUUUCCGCGUAAUGCCAGAUCAAUUUACUCCAGAUGAAAGAUUUAGUCAAAGAUCUACACAAUCUCCACUAUCCACGCCUCAAGAUGUUACAUGUACGCACAUCCUCGUCUUUCCUACGAGUGCCAUUUCUCAGUCUUCACAAACAGCUUUUCAAGAACAACAUUUGGAAAACGCAUUAGAUUUUGGCGAAGAUCUAAUGAUGAUCGAUGACACAGAUGAUGUUGAUGAAGAUAUUAACGGUAUUCAACAUUUGUUUGAUGAGUGCUGGAAUGAUAGUGCUGUUGGCAUACCUCAAACAAGUCCGACGAGAGAUUCUCAUCGUGGAAGUCCAAUUGCAAUGGAUGAGAAUAAGAGUAGGCAAAGUCCAGGAAUGACUGAACAGUCUGGAUCUUCAAGAGCGUUAUAUUCAAUGCAGGAACAAGAAGAGGUUGGAACACUAUUGCAACAGCCAUUGGCAUUGGGAUAUUUAGUAUCAACAGCACCAACAGGACGUAUGCCUUCAUGGUUUUGGGCUUCUUGCCCACAUUUGGAGAACGUUUGUCCAGUAUUUCUGAAAACUGCUCUACAUCUACACUCACCAUCGAUUCAUAAGGAAAAUGAUGAUAUCUAUUUCAAGGAACAAUCAUCGAAAAUGGAACAUCCACUAGAUUCAAAUAUUACGGCAGACGUGCUAAGAUAUGUACUAGAAGGUUACAAUGUACUUUCAUGGCUUGCAAUGGAUUCAAAUACUCACGAUCGACUUUCUUGCUUACCAAUACAUGUACAAAUGUUAAUGCAACUUUAUCAUUUACAUACGGCUCUAGCUUAGAAAGUCAGUCACCAUAACUUUAACUGUAUAAAGUUUGGAGAAUGAACUAAAGACGGAAUGGAAAGAAACUACCUUAAAUAGCAUACUUGUUAUGCUUUGUCUUAUAUGUUGUGAGCAUACAAAAUCUGAAUUACUGAUUGCUCUUGUCUCAUUGUGACUUAUAAUUUCUCUUUUGAAGAAGUUAAAGGAAGCGAAAAAAAAGAAUAUAAUAGAAAGGAAUAAUAAUGCUGAAAAGAGAAAAUCUGAAAAUCUGUGAUAAUUAGAGAUUUUGAAGUUUACUUAAACUUACAAAAACAAAAAAAAAGAAAAGUGGGAAAAAAUCUCUUGUAUUUUACUACUCUCAAUUUUAAAGUAUGUAUAUAAAAAUACAUAAAUGCAGGUUUCAAAUCAUAAUUAUCAAGAAAAAAAUAAGUAAACUAAAUAAUAUCAUUGUAGUUGAAUCUUCCUCUUGACAUUUUUUAAACAUUUUAUAUCACACAAACAAUUAUUGAGAUUAAAUGUGAAGUUUAAAAUUUUUUUUUUGUUAAUGUCGUCCUUUUCGAAUUUUUUUUUCCAAAUAAAACAGUGCAAAUAAAAACCAAGAUUUUCUUUUAUAAGUAAAUUAAUAUGAAAUAAAAACUGGUAAUUAGGUAAUUUUUCUCAUUAGGAAAGUUUUUUUCUAUUAAAUUAUCCUCUUCUUUGAGAAUCGAAGAGACGACAUGUUUUAAUUUAAUUAAAAUGCAAAAAACAAACCCUUUGUAAAUAGACAGGAAUAGAAAAUUUGUAUUUAAAUUAAUAUAAAUUAUUUUAAUUGACAAAGUAUUAAAUAAUAAAAGGUAUUAUAUGAAAACAAAAAGGAAUAGCUUAUUUUUGAUCAGAAAGAAACUAGUAAAGCAUAAUAAUUCAGAAUCGUUUAUUCAUCUCAAAAUCUACAUCAAAAAAUUAUUCAAUUCCAAAAAGUAUAAUUUGAAUGUAUAUAGCUACAAUCAAGAUCCCUAAUUUAAUGUUAUUCCCAUGCAAUUUGCAUAA